AACAAUUACAUUAACAUGAUAAUUCGUUAUUUAGAACUAAACUUAAACUCGAACAUAAUAGAAAUCGCGUGUUUAAUCCACGAGUUUGACGUCACGGAUCAUAUAUUGCUUCAAAUUAAGAUAACAAAUGUACAGGAUUUCUCAGGCAUUGUAUAUGUAUAUAUAACACAUCGUUGAGAGAUAAAUGAAUAGGGUCGCAAGUUCGAUGUUUUAAGUGGAAAUAAUAAAAAGCAAACAUCACAGUUAUUAAUUUCUGCAAAAAAUAGCAUUCGAAAAAAAAGAAACUCUAUAUUUUGCGAAUGCUGUUCAAUGUAUGUACUUGUUAUCACUAACACAAGUAAAAAUUUCUUUCAUAAGGGCUUUGCCUUUCCGAGGAAUGCCGGAAUAUUAGAAAUCUCACAUAGGAAAACAUAAUUAUCAAUUAAUUGAAAAUAAGUAAACAUAAAGAUAACAAGAGACAAUUCCAACUUUUUUUCUUAGAAAGAUUUAAGUAAUGAGCCAAUAUGAUCCGUCAGAUACUCUGUAAAGUAUUUAUAGACACUUCUUUUGUAGUAUGCUCUUUUGUGUAUUUAAACACCUUUAUCAUAAGAUUUACUGGGCGCAUUGAGGGAGUAUUUAUUAUUUGUUAAUGACUCAUUGGUGCAAGAUUAGUGACUAUUGGAGAAGAAAUUGUACGUAUGACUACGUGAAAAGUUUCAUUCAGUUAAUUACCUACGUUUAACUCAAGAGGAUCUCUCAGUAAAACUCGUAACUAGUACCGCUAAUGUUACGACAAGUGUACUUUAUAACAUGUGUUUAACAGUUCGUAUAUUGUUCUAAAUAUCACAUCACUCGAAAUGGAUAUAAUUAUUUUCAAAUUAUAUAGCAUAAGUCGCGUACAAGAAAAUAACGAAGUAAACAGUUAGGCCAUGUGGCGUCGACAAUCCGGAUUAACUCAGCGAGAUAGAUUAAAGGUCGCUUAUCUAUUUGUACAAUUCUACCUAUAACAUAGAUCAAAAAAUAAAACCUCACACAAAAUAGCGCUAAUGUACGUCAAUGAGAUUUUUUUGCCCAAAGGGUUAAAGCCAUGAUUAGACGGGUAGAUCCGAGUUUGUCGCGGAACGAUAAGAAAGAAAAUUGUACAAUUUUACUAAAAUUGCGUUCAUGAUGAUUAUUAUCUUACAACGAGCUCCUCCAUCGAUAUCGAAAGAGGGAAGGAAACAAAAAUCAUCGCAAACAUUGCGAUCAUUUUGUGAUCAACACCGGCGGUCAUCGUUUUUAGCGACACGCGCGCGCGCUGGCGGCCGUUGAAAAACGGGUGGAAGGAGAGUGUUAAGUCAAGGAUGGCUGAUAUAAAGUUCGCGAGUUUAUAAAACAGAGAUCAACUUGCUCCAAAACCCAGUUUUCCAAUCGGCCGCGUUCGCGUAGGAACAACAGUACCCGUUAUCAGGAAAUAGUUUUAAGCCCGACGAUAUUGUCGGUCAUUUAUUCCACGCCGGAAUGAGAAGAAAUCAAUCAGAUUGAUUGUAUAUUAGGAAAAGAAAGAGAUAUAGAUAGAUAGAAGGCUUUAAUCGUCAAGAACGUAUUAUGUACAAGUCUCGCAUUUACCGAGGUGGUAGCGAUACCUCUCCACGAGACAGCGGAUCCGAAAGCACGCCGUUCCUCUCCUCGGAAUCUCGCACGAGUUUAGAACUAUCGACGAUAUCCGAUGACUUGGAUACGAGCGACUUAGAUCCGAGCCCAGCUGGCUGUUCUUUCAAAUAUGGGAGCAUCGACGCCGCCAGUUAUAGCACAACCCUAACAGCUGUACCGAAAAGGCCGCCCCCCCUAACGCGGAACGAGUUAUAUCUUUCGGCAGCGGCGCACUCGCCUUGCAUCGUGAAUCUCGUCCACGAGAAGAAUUACGAGCCGUGUAACAUCGACCUGGUAUUAACAAACGAAAAUGUCGAUCCGAAAAAAGCGUACGGGAUAGACUUUACACGUGGAUCGCAAUUUCAACCAGACAUGGUGCAUGCCUCGUACAAGGAUCUCAAGCCGAAGCAAAAUUCAUUGGUCACCAUAUUUUCAAUAUGGAAUACGAUAUUGGGAUCGUCGUUAUUGACUAUGCCAUGGGGAAUCGGGAUGGCCGGAUUCUUUCCUGGGAUUAUCCUCAAUCUACUGAUGAGCGGUUUAUGCUUAUACACAGCUUACCGUCUCAUAGUUGCACACGCGUAUCACGGUGGAGGAGAAAAUAUAGAGGUCCUAGACUUGAGUAGAAUAUACCUCGGCAAAUGGGCGGAAUAUAUUGCCAAAAUAUUUAGUAUUGCCGUGCUGCUGGGCGCAACUAUAGCUUAUUGGAUAUUGAUGGCUAAUUUCUUGUACAAUAGCGUGAAUUUUAUUUAUGGUAAGUAUCCUCGUUGUAAAUGUGCGCACGCGAGAAUGCAAAUCCUUGUGGAUCGUUCUGUAAUGAAGUAUGUUCGUUUUGCAGAUAAUGCAGCUGGUUGGCCGACACAUCCUGCACCUGAGAACAUUUCGCAUACAGAAGUCUUAUGUCCAACACAAAAAAACCAAGAUAAUGAUACUGUUGUAAUAUAUGAUAAAACAUUUGAUGCAUUGGGACCAGCAUGGGACUUACGCAACACUGUUCCUGGGUUUUUAGCUAUAUUGAUAUUUCCAUUACUGAAUUUUAACAGUACAACAUUUUUUACAAAAUUUAAUUCCCUCGGAACGGUAUCAAUUAUUUAUUUGGUUAUCUUCAUUCUGAUAAAAUCCGCAUCAUGGGGCAUUAAUAUGGACACCGAAUGGGCAACAAGUUGGGUAAUACGACCCACAUUUCCAGCCCUCACUGGAAUGCUCGCAAUGUCGUUCUUUAUCCACAAUAUUAUAAUCAGUAUAAUGAAAAAUAAUCGUAAUCAAAAGAAGAAUGGAAGAGAUUUAACUAUAGCAUAUAUUCUCGUCACGUUAACUUAUAUCAUCGUUGGAGCAGUGUUUUUCAUAUGCUUCCCUCUGCCAAAGUCAUGCAUAGAAGAUAAUUUAUUGAAUAAUUUUCAAAAGUGGGAUGGCUUUACAUUAGGUGCUCGUAUAGUACUACUUUUUCAAUUAGUAACCGUCUAUCCUUUGCUUGCAUAUAUGCUGCGUGUGCAGUUGCUCUCAUCAAUAUGCAAAGGAGUAUCCAAUAAGAGCUUAGUGCUUGUCAUUAAUCUUAUAUUGGUUUCUAUAUGUAUUUUGUUCGCGACCUUUAUGCCUUAUAUCGGAACUAUCAUUAGAUAUACCGGCGCUUUAAGCGGAUUUAUCUACGUUUUCACUUUGCCGAGUUUACUGCAUUUGUCGAUUUUAAAGAAAGAAGAAAAGUUAACUAUGUGUUCCCUGUUAAUCCACUUAAGUAUACCUGUCAUUGGAAUUAUCAAUCUCAUUGCUCAAUUUUUCAUUACGAAUCAUUAAUCACAUAAUUAAAAUCUCAUAAUCUAUGUGAUAGCGUUUAUAUGAUACUUAAAAUUAAUUACAUAAAUAAGUAAUUGUAUACAUUGCUAUGUAUACCUUAAGAGAGAGAAAGAGAGAGAGAGAUAAAAUCCUAUAGUGUUUUACAAUUAUAUUAAGAAAAAACACAAUGGAUAAAAAAGCAUUAAAUGCAAAAUGCAAUUUAUGUAUUAAAUUUAUUACUUGGAAGAAAAUCUCAUUAAUAUUGAGAAUUGUAUUAGAUAUAAGAAAAUAUGCCUAAGAUUACAUGUAUAAGUUAGCCACUUUGUCAUAAUAGAGAAUAAUUUAUUCAAUACUCAAGAGAAACACACAUAUGUCAAUUUGAUAAAGAUGUAAAUCUACUUUUUUUAUGAUUAAAAUUUUUAAUGCUAUAUGUUCUCUACAGUAAAUGCAUAACAUUAAAUAUGCAGCAAUUAUCUCUA